GCCGAGAGCCAGCGCCGAGCCGCACAGAUUGCAGCGCUGAGCUGCCAGGUGGAGGCCGCGCGCAGUGAGCUUGCGCAGCUCCGGCGGCCAUCCACGGCAGCUUCCCUUGCUCUCGCUCAGCAGGCGAGGCACCUCAUCACGGCGUUCCAGCCCGAACUUGGUGCCGUGAAGGCAAAGCUUGCGCACACCACCCAUGUAGCCAAUGAGCUGCAUUCUUGGUUCAUGACGCAUCGCGACAAGAUGUCCAUCGAGGAUCCGAGCCGCUCACCAUCAGCGCAGCUGCACCAGAGAUUGCAGUCCUGUGAGAUUCUGAUUGACGGGUUUCGCAGCGUUGCAGAGCGAGUCGAGGGUGUGCUUGAAGCGGCCUUGAAGGACGCGCAGCCCGCG